AUUUCACUUUUAGAUAGGUUCACCGUUCACCGACCCCUCCCUCUCUUCAUACUUUCGUCGUCUACUCUCCGUCGUUGAUAAUUUGAGUCUCAUCGAUUUCAUCCCUUCUAUUUAAUUUUAGAAUCUUUUGAGCUAGUUUGGUUCCCUCUAAAGGGAUGAGAUUGACGACUUGGGGAGGGAAGCUCCCGACCGGCGAUUUCCGUCGAAUCGGUGGCUCCCUUUGCGAAGAGCGAUUGGAUGACAAUCAGAACACGCCGUUGGAGCAGAGUCUGGAAUAGCGAUGGAGUUCUCAACAUCGCAACAGACCUUUAGUCCGGUAUCGUUUACGGCUGCGACCUUCAGGCGACUGGCGGCCGGUUAUAGAGAGCAGCGAACAGAGACUGUUCUGGAAUUCGAAUUGAUGCAACUCCAGGUGUGGAUUUCUUUGUACCUACAAAUCUGAUCACUACUGCUGUAUUCCGAUCUUAUCGCUCUAAAAUAACCAUUACAAUGAGAUCGAUGAUUUGUGGGGCAUGACUAUUUGAGGUGUGGUUUGGACUUUGGAGUUCAACUUUUUCAAACCAGUUUAAGAAAUACUCUACCCUCUGCAGACUGUGGUUGAGUGAUUUUGCUGCCAAGAACAUCCGAGAAGUGUUUUUCAUCAAGCAACUUGAUUCUGAAGAUGGAUAUCAUAGGAGAGGUGAUCAUCAUCACCAAGAGAGGAGAUAGACCUAGAAGCAGAAGUCCUGGAAGAAGAGGGGACAAAGUAGAUGUCCUAUGGCUAGGAGAAACAGAAGUCUAUUUAGGGAAGACAGUGUUGAGAGAAGGGCAAAGAUUUAGAAAUGGAACACGGAAAGAGAACAUAAAGAUUCUGCUGAAAAUAGUGAAUUUGGCACAAAGGGAAGUGAUGAGAGAAAUGGAGUUGAUUGCUACGAAGCUAAAAUUGAUGAUGGUUACCAGCAAUAGCAAUAAACUUGAGAAUGACUUUCAAUUAGUUGCAAGUACAGAUGGAAAUAAGGCUUACAAGACCAAUCAGGGAAAUGAAGACAAGAAAAAACCUCAUAAUUUAUGUAUUAAGAUGCAUCAUAAAAGGAUGAAGCUAGAAGAACCAAUCCAAAUAAUGUACAAUGUUCUAUAUAAACGUAACAAAUUCAUUUAAGAAAUUGAAUGGUUUGUUUUUUGUGAUACUUUAUAUGUUACUUUUUUCUAUUUGUCAUAUCACACAUGUUGCAUUUUGUUGCAUCUCGUGUGUUGCUUUUUGUUUUAUCAUGUUUCUUAUUAUUGUAUAUUGUUGCACAUUGUUGUAUAUUGUUAAUUUUGAUUUCU